AUGGACCGUGAUGCUUCUUCUUCGUGUAGCAUGGUUUUAUGUGGCAAAUCCUCUGAGGAAACUGAAAUAGCAACGCGAUUGAAGAACGAUAACGUGCUUGAGAUCCAAGAUAAUACCAAAGUUUCGAUUUUUUUAGAAUCUGAAGCUGAGAAUUUAUUAGUCAAACAUGAUUCCUUCAAUCUCUCAUUGUUCAUGGAUUCCAUUUCUACUCACCGGUUUGGGAGGUUUCUCAUUUGGUCUCCUCGCUUGUCUUCCACUCACGAUGUUGUUGCUCCCAACUUCUCUGAGCUUCCAAUUGGUACAGUUUGUGUCGCUGAUGUUCAGUUUAAGGGUCGAGGUAGAUCAAAGAAUGUCUGGGAAUCUCCAAAGGGUUGUCUUAUGUUUUCUUUUACUCUACAGAUGGAAGAUGGUAGAAUUGUGCCUUUGACACAAUAUAUGAUAUCUCUCGCUGUGACGGAGGCAGUGAAAUCUAUUUGUGACAAGAAGGGUUUGCCUUACAUUGACAUUAGAAUAAAGUGGCCAAAUGAUCUCUACUUGAAUGGCCUUAAGAUUGGAGGCAUUUUGUGUACCUCCUCAUACUGUUCAAGGAAGUUCGAUACCAGUGUUGGUGUUGGACUGAAUGUGGACAACGAGCAACCAACCACAUGCUUAAAUGCGGUACUUAAAGAACUGUCUCCGACAUCAAGCCUAUUUACAAGAGAAGAAAUUCUUGGUGCCUUCUUUCAUAAAUUUGAAAUGUUAUUUGAUCUAUUCAUGGACCGAGGAUUUAAGUCUCUCGAGGAGCUUUACUACAGGACAUGGCUUCACAGCGAGCAAAAAGUGGUUGUUGAAGUAACCAUCGAGGACAAAUUUAUUCGAAGUGUUGUGACUAUUCAGGGCUUGACUUCUUCGGGAUAUCUAUUGGCUAUCGGAGAUGAUAACCAAAUGUAUGAGCUUCACCCUGAUGGAAAUAGUUUGGACUUUUUCAAAGGACUGGUCGGAAGAAAACUAUGA